GUGAUCAUAAUAUCGCAAGCAGACCUAAUAUUUUAAUAUCAUGGAGUCAAAUUCUAAACAGAACGAGGAUUUAUAUUUCGGUUAUGAAGCUGCUCCUAGCAAAAAUAUACCCCCAAAACAAAUUUUUGUUAUUGAAUAUCCCGGUUAUAUAAAAAAUAUUAAUAAAGUUUUGCAUACGCUAGGCAGUGAAAAAGGUCUUAAAAAGGCUAUAAAUGAAGAUCUUAUGGAACUUCGAUUUAGACCUGAUGAUCCUUUUUGUCAUCCUAUUAACGGAGAUGUUAUACCAACAUCGAAUCUUUUGCUUAAAGUGACACGGCGCAAGAAAAAACAAAAUAAAACUGUGAAUCACGAAGAAGAGAAAACUAGUGUAAAAGAUGAUGUUAAUUUUGAUAUAUUGGGAAUUAUAAGUAAAACUUGUCGAUUCCGAGGAAUGUCUGACUAUCAAUAUGUCCCAAACAUGAACCAUCCUAUACUUGAAUACAGAAAGGCACUUGAAUCUUUGAAUGUCAAUAAAAUAAUGGAUUUUGAAUCUAUCAUAAAUAAUAUAAAAGAAGAAACAAAUUUGCCGCCCCCUUCUUUCUCACGCGUAGAAUGUCCAAUGGAUUAUGGGUAUCAACAGAAUACUGCUGUUGUCAAAGUGUUGGUUAAAAAAGGCGAUGGUCAGCCACCUUCCCUUAAGCUUAUUAAUCGAAGCCGUAGGAAAAAGUUUAUAGCAAUAUCGAUUACAUAUGAUAUUGAUAAUGUUCCUGAAGAACCACCUUCAGAAUCCUUAAAAAAUAUUGAACAAAUGCCUCAAGAAAGUAUAAAUGGAAUGCGUAAAUUAUUUGAAGAACGUCCAAUAUGGACGAGGCUCGCAUUAGAAAAUAACUUGCCUCUAAAUGACAAAAGAAAUAUCAAGAGGUUGUUGCCUUUAGUCGCAUAUUUGAUGUCAAACGGCCCAUGGCGUGAUUGUUGGAUUCGUUAUGGAUACGAUCCACGAUUGAAUAAAAAUAAAGAAGCAAGAUUUUAUCAACUGCUAGACAUCCGAAAUACUCGAAGACCUACAAAACUUGGGCGAGCUAAACGGUUGCUUCACAUACAGGAAGAAGCUACAGUAGAAAAGGAUAGCACAGCAAAAUCCGGCGAUUCACGACCUUCCCAUAUCUUUGAUGGGACUUCAACAUGUCGAGAUAUUGCGGUUUUCCAAGUGUGUGACAUAACUGAUCCCUUGUUAAAAAGGCUCAUUGAGUCAUCUGAUUCUGUUCAGGAAUUUUGUGAUGAACACGAUGGAUUUUAUAAACAUAGCGAAUUAAUAAAAAUGAGAAAAGUUAUGAGACGAAAGUUUAAAGCAUUAACUGAAGGUAAAAUAUUAAAGGACGAGGAUUUUGACGACUUGCUGAAUGCACAUGAUGAUGAGUCAGAAAAUGAGGAUGGUGGUGAAGAUGAAGAAGGGAUAAGUGAUAUCGAUAGUGAGUCGAAAGAUGAACAAAUAAUAAGUAGAGUUGACGAGUUAAUGCGCAAUCUGCAAGCAAUGCAAAGAUCGCAAGAAGAUUUCGAACAAGAUGAUGAGGGAACGUUUUCUUCAUUUGAAGAUUUGGAUAAUUCAGAUAUAUUUGAAGAGAAUGAAAGCGAGGAGGUUGAGAUUGAGGAGUAUGACGAUUUCGAUGUUUAAAGACAUUGACUCAAUAAAUCACGUUUAUAAAUCUCUAAAUUGCCAAAUUUAUCUAAGCGUAUUAUCAAUAUGGAUUAAUUUUUUUGAUCUACAAUACCAGUUUCUUUAAAUUUACGUAAAAUCUUUUCCAACUCAUCUUGUUCAACUCUAUGUUUUAAUAUAAAUUGAUCGUUUAAAUGUAAAACUGGAAUAUCAUACUUGUAUUUUUCAAACCAACUUAAAUUCUCCGGGACCUUUAUGUCUUUUUGUUCAAAAUCGAAAGGAAU